AUGAUUAAAAAUGACUAUUCAGGAGAACCUAUAAUAUCGACAAAUUUUCUUUUUGAAAUAUAUUUCAGAGAAAAGGAUAUUGAUGAAGUACUACAAACACAUACAAUAUUUACUAAUGUGUCCAAGGGUCAAGUGGCGAAGAAAGAAGAUCUCGUAAAAGCUUUUGAAACCGAAGACCAAACUGAAAUAUGCAAACAGAUUCUUGCAAGAGGUGAACUUCAAGUUUCCGAUAAAGAGAGACAUCUUGCAUUGGAAUCCAUGUUUAAAGACAUCGCUACAACAGUCGCCAGCAAAUGUAUAAAUCCAGAAACUAAACGUCCAUAUCCAGUUACCAUGAUCGAGAAUGCCAUGAAAGAUGAAAUACAUUUUUCCGUUAAACCUAAUCGAAAUGCCAAGCAACAGGCUCUGGAUGUUAUCUCGCAACUGAAAGAAGUGAUGCCUUUGGAACGUGUUCAAAUGAGGCUCAGAAUUGUUACUCCAGAAAAGGAGGCUAGGAAAUUGAAGGAUAAAGUUGUUAAACUUGUAACUAAGAUGGAAACGGAAGAGUGGGAUAAUGGAUCAUUAACACUAAUUUGCUUAAUCGAUCCAGGUCAUUAUAGAGAAAUAGAUGAAUUAGUACGAUCAGAAACGAAAGGCACCGCUUUAUUAGAAUUAGUUAAUUUAAAUGAGGUAAUAGAAGGAGAAGAACUCUUAACGUAAAUAAUAAAUAAAGUUAUUUUUUAACAAUCGUUAUCUAUUAGAAAGAGAUUCAUAUUUAUUAAUUUAAAUUUAUACUUUAAACAUAUUUGUUACAUUUUAGGAUAUAUGGCUAAUAAAAUAAUUUGUAUUUGUAUUUACAACUCUUAUUUGAAUCAAUUAUCUAUGCGCACAUA